GCAAAGAAUGCAGUAGAACAUGUAUUGCGGGUUAUUGUACAGUGGAUGCCCUGGAGAGAGACCUUGCGACGGGCUUGAUGCUUGCUGUAUGAAGCACGACGCCUGUGUUCAAGCUAAGAACAAUGACUAUCUGAGUCAACAGUGCAGCCAAAGCUUCCUAAACUGCAUGACCAAUUUCCAGAGAGGAGGAGGGAGGAGUUUCAAGGGAAACAAAUGCCAAGUGGAUGACGUCAUUGAGGUAAUCUCUGUCCUCAUGGAGGCCGCUUUAGUCGCUGGAAGAGUUCUCCAUAAACCAUAGAUUUACCAUUUCUACUCUCUUUUUGUUUUAUUUCUCCUCCUUCC